GCGGGGGUGGGGAGGAGGGCGCCGCCCUAGCCCCGGGCGCUCGCUUGGCGCCGGGUAUGGGACUGGGCUCCUCCCGGCUGUACCUGCACAGCCUCGGAGGGCGGGGGCAGCCAAAUUUCGCCCCUCCCUGCGCCCUGGGAGUCAGUCCGGGGAGGCUGCGCGGAAGGGAGGGCUGCGGGCUAGACGAGUUGCCUGCGGGGUUCCGGGGACGGCCGGAUGUGGGCUGCUUUGGGGACGGCGCACUAAGGCCACCUCCAAGGAACUCAGCCAUGUGGCUGGCCAGACAUCGGCAUCUCUGUCUGGCCUUCCUGCUAGUCUGUGUCCUCUCAGCAAUUUCCUUCCUCCAUUUUCAUCAAGACAUCUUUCGACACGGCCUAGACCUGUCCAUUCUGUGUCCAGACCGCCACCUGAUGACAGCUCCAGUGGCCAUCUUCUGCUUGGAGGGUACACCACUGGACCCCAACACCUCCACUUCCUGUCCCCAGCACCCUGCCUCCCUUUCAGGAACCUGGACUAUCUACCCAGAUGGUCGGUUUGGUAACCAGAUGGGGCAGUAUGCCACCCUGCUUGCCCUAGCCCAGCUUAAUGGCCGCCCAGCCUUCAUCCUGCCAGCCAUGCAUGCCACCCUGGCUCCUGUGUUCCGUAUCACCCUGCCUGUGCUAUCACCGGAAGUGGACAGCCACACACCUUGGCAGGAGCUGCAGUUGCAUGACUGGAUGUCAGAGGAGUAUGCCCACUUGAGUGAUCCCUUCUUGAAGCUCUCUGGCUUCCCCUGUUCUUGGACUUUCUUCCACCAUCUCCGAGAACAGAUCCGCAGGGAGUUCACCCUGCACGACCACCUUCGGGAAAAGGCUCAGAGUUUACUGAGUCAGCUCCGUCUGGGCCUCACUGGGGACCGGCCGAGAACCUUCGUGGGUGUCCACGUGCGCCGUGGGGACUAUUUGCAGGUUAUGCCUCAGCGCUGGAGGGGUGUGGUGGGUGACCAAGCCUACCUCCAGCAGGCCAUGGACUGGUUCAGGGCACGGUAUGAAGCCCCUAUUUUUGUGGUCACUAGUAAUGGCAUGGAGUGGUGCCGGGAAAACAUUGACACCUCCCAGGGUGAUGUGUUCUUUGCUGGCAAUGGACAGGAAGGUGCACCAGGGCAGGACUUUGCUUUGCUCACACAGUGCAACCACACCAUCAUGACCAUUGGCACCUUUGGCUUCUGGGCUGCCUACCUGGCAGGUGGAGAUACUGUCUACCUGGCUAACUUCACCUUGCCAGACUCUGAGUUCCUAAAGAUUUUUAAACCUAAGGCUGCCUUCCUGCCUGAGUGGGUGGGCAUUAACGCAGACUUGUCUCAACUGUAGACAUUUGUAGGACCUUGAGAGCCAGAGAAACAUCCUAGAAUAGCCUGAGCAUUCCAGAGCCAGUAAUACAUGUUUCCAGAGGCCCAGCACAUUCUGGAGAAGUUUGUAGUGGUCUUGGAGCAGGUGGGCACCCAUUUCCAGAGUGAGUCUAGUUGGGCAGACUAGGAGAGAAGGGGAAGCUUUCUGGAACUGCCUGAACAUCCUAAAUGCAGCAGAAUAUCUUUGCCUGAUAGCUGGCAAUGUCUGGAGAAGCUCUUGGAGUUCUAGAAGCUACAGUACCUACCCUGCUCUUUCCAGCUCAUAUUUAGAAUACUUCUAGAUGGCAGCCCUCAGGAACAAGGAAUCCUUCCUCCAGUGGCUAUCAUCCUGAUCUUUCUAGAAGAGGUGUUAUUUCUUCCCUGGGUCCUCAGAAUCCUGAAGGAACUCAUGGUGGGUAUAGAUCUAACACCUGUGAAGAAUCCUGCAGGACCCUAUCAGAGGGGAUGGGGUUCUGGAAUUCCAGAAAACUUACGUGAAGAAUCUAAUGAAUGUACAACCAGAAGCUCAACACCCCAUUAUUGCCAGGAAGAUUGAGAUAGAAGAUUCAAACUAUCUUUAGCUGGCCAACAUCUUGCUAUGCUCACAGGCUCUGGAAAAGCUGGGGUAGUUGGUGAGCAGAGUGGAACUCUAACUCCUCAGCCCCUAAAAAUGUCUCAAGGACUUUUGGGGAGGGGGGAAAGGAGGUAGUGGACAGGCAAGGAUGUGGAAAUGGGGAGGCUGAUAGCUGCAGAAAUGCUGCAGCUUCUGGAGCAGAACCUUUCAGAGAUCCACAGACAUUUUUUUUAAGCUCAAAAACUGCCAAAGACAGAAACUGUAUGUUAAAUCCAAGUUUGGAUUGCCUCUCAGGGUUAAGGAAACUUGAGGUGGGCUACUGGGGGUCUGGGAUCUCUUUCUGGGGAAGUCAGCAGGCAUAAACAUACCCUCAUGGGCUUGCAUAAAGCCAGGAGGUAUUGUGCUCCUUGCCAGCCAUUGUCUGCUUCUGAACUCCUAGAACCACUAAAUGUGGCUUUGGCCGAUCUGGGAUAAGAGGAUGUAGCCUCAAACCCAGACAGGAGGACUGGGUCUGGUCAAGCAGGACAGGAUCCUUGAUGCAGAUUGUAGGAGCCCCUUUCUACUCUUUGAAGGGUGAAGGAAGAUACCUUUAAUACAAUCAAGUCUGAUCAAGUCUGAUUAUAUCCCCCAUCCAUGCAUCAAAGAACCCAAGUCUCUAUUUUUUUUUUUGAAGGUUUCAUAUGUACUUUAUUUCUUCAAUAAUGCUAUAGUUUAAUGAGUACACGGUGCUUUUACUUGGCAUCAAUUGUAAGUUGGUUCUGAAACAAUUCAGUAUUACACCAGCUGGAAUGAUUACUGGUCUCUCCCCAUUCCUUUGGGGUUAUUCUGCCAACAGGAGACAGAUUCCAUUCUAUUCCGAUUUGUGUCACUGCAUAUGUCCAUACAGCAAUGCAGAAAAUUGCUCUGUGAGUGAAUACAUACUACAUUUAUCAUGAAAAAUCAGGUGUUCAUUUCUGGUGACCCUUGCCAUUGUUUGCUGAAUGUUUUGAACUUGGAGACUACUUAGUGCAUUCUUGGCCAUAAUGAAAUUGAAAAUGGAACUGCCGUAACUUCAGGUGCUGCUUUGGUGCAAAUGGACUUCAGGUCCCAAGUCUCUAUUCUUCUCAGGGAGUUUCAGGGCACUGUUCCCAACUCAGCCACCACAGGUAGGAGAGUGGGAGGUGUGA